UGGAGAACUGUCGUGCAUUUGUUCGUGUUGGUGUGCUUAGAAUCUGGAGAAGCAGCCUCAAGCAGGAUGCGGUUCACAGUGGAUGUGGAUGUGAUUUUCUCUGAUCGUAGUGCGUACAGUUCUAGUGGUUUUUGUUGUGUACUGGGUGCGUUUGUUGCGAGAUUGUCGAGUGCUUAACUAAGAGUGAAAGUGUAUGCGUUGUAUGUGGCAUUGGUGUUUCCUCGCGUAGGACUGACGGCAUUUAUCAGCUUUAUAGUGCUAGAGAUUCAUCAUGGCCGCCCCCUGGAACACAAGAGUACAACACAAGAACAUCACGUCAAUAUUUUCCAAGCUUCAAGGAGCGUUUCAAGAUGCCGUUGCUCCCCCGAAAUUGGCAACGGAUAAAAGAACACUUGACAAGACUUGGAAGUUAAUGGAUAAAGUGGUCAAGUUGUGUCAGCAUCAAAAAAUGAACUUGAAGAAUUCUCCCCCUUUCAUUCUUGAUAUUUUACCUGACACUUACCAACGCUUGAGACUUAUUUAUUCAAAAUACGAGGACAAAAUGAUCGUGCUACAUAGUAACGAACAUUUUAAUGUAUUUAUAGUUAACUUGAUGAGAAAAUGUAAACAAGCAAUCAAACUCUUCAAAGAAGGGAAAGAGAAGAUGUUUGAUGAAAAUUCUCACUAUCGAAGAAAUCUCACCAAACUCAGCCUAGUUUUUAGUCAUAUGUUGAGUGAACUUAAGGCAAUUUUUCCUAAUGGAACAUUUGCAGGUGAUCAAUUUCGAAUUACAAAGAGUGAUGCAGCUGAAUUUUGGAAGAACAACUUUGGAAACAGCACCUUGGUGCCUUGGAAGAUCUUUCGCCAAGUUCUGAACGAAGUCCACCCUAUUAGUUCUGGUCUCGAAGCAAUGGCCCUCAAGUCCACUAUCGACCUCACCUGUAACGACUACAUUUCCAAUUUUGAGUUUGAUGUUUUCACCAGGCUCUUUCAACCAUGGACUACCUUGCUUAGAAACUGGCAAAUAUUGGCUGUUACACAUCCAGGUUAUGUAGCAUUCCUUACCUAUGAUGAAGUGAAAGCUCGGCUGCAGAAGUACAUUACAAAACCAGGAAGCUAUGUGUUUCGCCUGAGCUGCACGCGACUUGGACAGUGGGCCAUUGGUUAUGUCACGGGUGAUGGAGACAUUUUGCAGACAAUACCUCAGAACAAGUCAUUAUGCCAAGCUUUAUUGGAUGGGUACCGUGAAGGCUUCUAUUUGUAUCCUGAUGGGCGCAACGUAAACCCAGACCUGUCAUGGGCAGUGCAGCCUACCCCAGAGGACCACAUCAAGGUGACGCAGGAACAGUAUGAGCUGUACUGUGAAAUGGGGUCGACAUUCCAGCUGUGCAAGAUUUGUGCAGAGAACGACAAGGACAUCCGGAUAGAGCCUUGCGGACACCUUCUCUGUACUCCAUGCCUCACGUCGUGGCAGGAUUCGGAAGGGCAAGGCUGCCCAUUCUGCCGGGCAGAAAUCAAAGGUACGGAGCAGAUCGUGGUGGACCCGUUUGACCCAAAGCGCCAGCACAAGGCCGGCUCCACGGGCAACCUGGUGGACUUGGACGAGGACGAGGAGGUAGCCGAUGCUUCUGAGUAAUUCUUGUGCCAUUGUGUGACUGUUUGGCUUGGCCUGGUCUGGUCCGUGCUUUGUCAACGCUUGCACUCCCUUGUACCAGCCCCUGCGAGACACCAUAGUGAGACCUUGUAGCUGUUGUUGAAUGAAUUUGUACUGAUACUUUGGUUAUUUUGACAUGAAUAGUUUGUGUAAUUAUUUUCUUGUUUCUUCGUGACAAUUAUUUACAAUAGGAUUUAUUGUGCUGGGCACAGAGCCUUUCUUCAUCUCUCUUUUUUUUCCCUCCAAAACAUUAUUUUUGUAUUAAAAAAAAAUGAAAGUACCCCAUAUUAUAAUAGUUUUAAAUAUCAAACUAAUAAACAGUGGGGUAUUUUUGUAGUUUCUUUUAUUGUAAAAUACAAAUUAGUACUUUGAUUACCUGCAGGACGAAAGUUUAUGAUCAUAUUUCAUAGACAUUCAGAUGACUACAUUAUUCAGAUAGAGAUUCAUUUCACUAUGUGGCUUCUGUAGCCCAAAUGCUUUGCAGUUUCAUCUCUUUGUAAAAAUGCAUAAGCAUUUGAUUAUUUGGACGACUGGCUUGUGCUUUCAGCCACUCUGUGUUCAUUUCGGACUGUAUUCACUUGCAUGUUAAUUAAAAAAAUUAUUUAUCUUCAUUUUUCUUAAUGAUUUGAGUUCUGAAACCAAUUUAGUGACUGAAAAUUUGCUGCGCGCCAUAUAUUUUUUCAGAGGUGUCCUAGGAAUUAUAAUAUAUAACGACUCUGAUAUGCUGCUGUGGCAGAUUUAAUGUUUGUGAACAUGUAAAUGUGUUAUAUGAAACUUAUGAAUAUAUAGUCAGGGUGGAAAGAUUUUUGUUGCAUGAACAUUGUUAUGACAUGUGACUGGAAUGUCCAGUAUUAUGUGGUGUUAUGUGUGUGGUAAAUAUGUCACAGUUUCAUUAGCAUGCUGUAAACUGUGCAACACCAAUACAAAUUAUUGUCAUAAAAUUUUGUGUGAUUCGUAGUUAAUAUUUCACUUGGGAAUAACCAAGGGGAGCAAAUGGUCCUGAAAUGUAUAUUCCAUAUUGUAGUGUCUUGCACUGAGACUUGUGUGAUGCAUUAUUUACAGACAGUGAAAUCAAAAAAGCAUGAGUUGAUUUUUAUAAAAAAUGCAUGCUUAGAAUCAUGGUUUUACUACAUAAUUUAUCGGUUCUGUUUUAUCCUUUUUAAAACUUCAGAGGAACUAAAGCUUCAGUGUAUUUUAUUUUAAAUUGAAUUUCAGUCCUUUUUUAAAAUUUCUACCAGAACAUUCCAUCCCAUCUCACUAUUAUUUAAAAGUGAUACUUGUUAAAAUGUUUUUUAGGUGUACGUGCUGCGUUAUUUUCAGAGAGAAAAAGUUUUGCACUUAAUUGCAAAAAUAAUUUAUUUGAGAAUGAGGAAAUACAUUGUUGACACAAUGUUGCUAGUUCUUUAUAGUAAAUGAAAAUUCUUUGCAUUCAUUCUGUAGGUUAAUUACUGAAUAAUUUUAUUUUAAGUGUGUUGAACAAUGCAGUGAGUAAAGAAUUUGCGUAAUAAUAUUUUAUUACAAAAUAAAAUGUGUGUAGUGACAGUCAUGAACUUUUUUGUAUUUAAAAUUUAUUUAAUGUUAUAUACAUUAUUAUAUUUAUGAAAAGUGCAAUAGAAAAUCAUUGCUUUGAUUUGUUUUAUCUCUCAUUUGCAUGAAUUUUUUUUUAAAUUUUGUUGAUAUGUGAGAAUGAUAUAAUUUCACUCUUUAUUUUUUGCAACUUUUGAAAACAUUAUUGUAUGUAUGUUGUAUUUAUCUGAAUGUAUUAUUGUUGUAAAUAAUUUUUAUCUGAGUAAACAAUUUCAAUGCGAGAAGUU